AAUAUUAUGUUGCUCAUUAUAAGGAUAUUGGACAAGGAUAUUGGUCUGACAAACAUUCCCAUUCUCAAGUUACUUUUCACACUGUACUGUUUAUAUAUAGUUUAACCAUCAAUAAUAAAAGUGAUCACAAAUAAAAUGACGUCAGAGAUGAGUACAUAUGAUGUUCUUUAUACUCCAAGAUGUUUUGUUAAAUUUAGUUUACGACAAGGCAGUCAAAUUCCUGCACUAAACUGUCUUAUCUUAUGUGAGGUGUGCUUUGAGAGGUGUGUGUGUGUGUGUGUGUGUUCAAGUGUUGGAAUUCCCACACUUCAAUGCUGUCAUAUAAAGUCAUGUGAGCACUGCAGAGCUCAUUCUGAGUCAGUAUGUCUAUACGAGUGCUUCUGUUCGGCCUGUUUCUGCUGCUCACUUCAGGGGCACAAGGAAAAGCCGGCUCAUCCCGAAAGCCCGUGUGUGCUGAGAUGGCCGAGAUCCUCGCCUGUCCCAUGAACUUCGCACCUGUGUGUGGCAGUGACGGGAACAGCUACGCCAACGAGUGCUUGCUGUGUGUGGAAAGACUGAAAACCAAAUCUGACAUUUUAAUCACAAGAGAUGGCGACUGCUGAGCUCCUGCACAGCAUACAGGAUCAAGAUCUGUGGCCAAAUUAAAGCAUCUGAAAUGGAA